AUGGGCUCCAUCUUGGAGCUCGCCUCCAUCUACUCAGCCCUCAUCCUGCACAACGAGGAGGUGACAGUCACAGAGGAUAAGAUCAGCUUGUUUGCAAAGGCUCUGGCCGAGGUCAACAUGGGGAGCCUCAUCUGCAAUGUAGGGGCUGGUGGGUCUGCUCGGGCAGCUGGCGCUGCCCCAUCAGGAGGUCCUGCCCCCUCCACCACUGCUGCCCCAGCUGAGGAGAAGAAAGUGGAAGCAAAGAAAGAAGAAUCUGAGGAGUCUGAUGAUGACAUGAGCUUUGGUCUUUUUGACUAAA